GAUCUGCUUUGCACCCCAGGUGUGUUUGUUUACCUAACUGGAAUAUGUCCUUGAAUUAUGGUAAGUUCUCUCAUUUGCCCAAGUGGAGGAUAAAGAGGUGUGUAGGUGUACACUAGCCUACUAUGCACAGUGGUAAAAAAUUGCUUUUUUGCCUCCACCAACAUUUGCCUCUUGCAUUGCCCACUACUGGGAUAUGGCCUUUGGAAGAUUGCCUAGAAAGGAAUACUGUAAAAGGUUCUUUAGCCCUGCUUUAUAUCCAGCACUGGAAUGACAACAGGUUAUGCCGAAUCUACCCAUAUGAACAAGCCAGCAGGAAAGGAUGGUGCCUUUAGCAGAAACAACCUGAAGUGUACAGAGGCUCAGAGUUAUUGGAAGGCUUUCCAGAAAGGAAUGCAGCUCUCAGGCUAAAAAAAAAAGGUUUCCCGUCCCUGGCUCACACCUUCUUGCCUACCAGAUUUCUUCCCUCCAUCCCCAUACGUACUUGCAACGUCCUUCAGAAACACUGCUAGCUAUUCCCUCCCUGCCAUAGCGCAAGGGGAAAGUCCCCUGAUGAGGCCAGUUCCUCUCUUCCCUCAGGAACACCCCAGCUAAGUUCUCUUCCCCUGCUACGCUUUGCUCCUUGUCAGGCACCACAACCACGAAGGAAGCGGUUGACUCUUAAAACAGGCAGGGACCAAGAAUGGCAAAAACCAACGGCAGCUUCUCUCAGCAGGAUGGCCAGAGUGCCCGGUGUCAUGUCUGCUUUGGCAGCCUACCAGCCAUCUGGCUACCCUUUCCAGGAAUGUGCAAUAUUGAUGGAGUUUCGGGACGUGACCAGCUCUUGGCUCAGCAAAGAAUGCGCAGCAUGAUCAGCUCAGUGGAUGUGAAGUCAGAAGUUCCUGUGGGAUUAGAACCUAUCACGCCAUUAGACCUGCGGACAGAUCUCAGGAUGAUGGUUCCCAUGGUGGACCCAAUGAUACGUGAAAAGCAGCUUCAGCAGGAACUCCUCCUGAUCCAGCAGCAGCAACAAAUUCAGAAACAGCUCCUUAUAGCAGAAUUUCAAAAGCAGCACGAGAACCUGACGCGACAGCACCAAGCUCAGAUCCAGGAACACAUAAAGUUACAACAGGAACUCUUAGCCAUCAAGCAACAGCAAGAACUCAUUGAGAAAGAGCAGAAACUGGAGCAACAAAGGCAAGAACAGGAACUGGAAAGGCACCACAGGGAGCAGCUUCCUCCAAUCAGAAGCAAAGAAAGAAGCCGCGAAAGAGCAGUGGCCAGUACAGAAGUGAAGCAGAAACUUCAAGAGUUUCUAUUGAGUAAAUCUGCAACGAAAGACUCUCCAGCCAAUGGGAAGAAUCAUUCCGUUAGCCGGCACCCCAAGCUCUGGGCUGCCCACCAUACCUCAUUGGAUCAAAGUUCUCCUCCCCUUAGUGGAACGUCCCCUUCCUACAAAUACACGUUACCAGGAGCACAAGAAGCCAAGGAUGAUUUCCCGCUUCGAAAAACCGCCUCCGAGCCCAACUUAAAAGUUCGCUCCAGAUUAAAACAAAAGGUGACGGAAAGGAGAAGCAGCCCUUUACUCAGGAGAAAGGAUGGAACUGUCGUCUGCUCCUUCAAGAAAAGAUUGUUUGAGGUGACAGAAUCAUCAGUCAGUAGCAGUUCACCAGUUUCAGGUCCCAGUUCACCAAGUAACGCCCCUGCUGGGAAUACAGAGAACGACACCUCAGUGUUGCCAAUGAAUUCCCAAGCUGAGCAUUUGGUUCCACCACAACGCAUUUGCAUCAGUGAAGAAUCAAUGAACCUUUUGAGUCUCUACACAUCCCCUUCUUUGCCCAACAUCACUUUGGGACUUCCAGCCGUACAACCACAACUCAGUGCAUCAGCGCCAUUCAAAGAAAAACAGAAGUGCGAGACCCAGACAAUCAGGCAAGGAGUAGUUUUGCCAGGACAGUACAGAGGAAGCAUCUCUUCACCUUCUGCCCCUCAGCCAAUUGUCCUAGAAGGAAAGCCUAACAGUAGCCACCAAGCUCUCCUCCAGCAUUUAUUACUGAAGGAACAAAUGAGACAGCAGAAACUCCUGGCUCCAGGAGGGGUGCCUCUUCAUCCUCAGUCUCCACUGGCAACAAAAGAAAGAGUCUCACCUGGCUUAAGAGUUGCACAUAAGUUACCUAGACACAGGCCACUAAAUCGGACCCAGUCCGCUCCGCUUCCUCAGAGCACCUUGGCACAACUUGUUAUUCAGCAACAGCAUCAGCAAUUUCUGGAGAAGCAAAAACAGUAUCAGCAACAGAUCCACAUGAACAAAAUACUUUCUAAAUCUAUUGAACAGUUAAAACAGCCCGGCAGCCUCGAAGAAGCCGAGGAAGAGCUUCAUGGAGAACAUUUGAUGCAGGAAGAAAGAGCAUCCUCUCUUGGUAGCAGCAUUCGGGAUGACAGCAGUAGCAUUUCUUCGGACGACAGACUGGGGCAGCCUUUAGGGGCCGUGAAGGUGAAAGAGGAACCACAGGACAGUGAUGAUGAUAUUCAAAGUCAGCAAAUGGAAUCUGGGGAGAAAGCUGCUUUUGUGCAACAGGUAAUAGGCAAAGAUUUAGCUCCAGGCUUCGUAAUUAAAGUGAUUAUCUGAAUACUCUCAUAAUAAGCAUUUCUGAAUCCUUGGUGAACAACAUGUGUUUUUCUUCCCCCAUCCACAGGGUUCAAUUGAAUUGCGUGUUUUUAGCAAUCAGCAAAUCUAACAACGCCAGAUAUGUUCACACCUUAAGCAUAGCGAGAAGGUUUUUGUUAGAUCGGGAAACUCUUAUUGCCGUGCGAGCUUUGGGGUAAUUCGUAGAAUUGGUAUUCGCUCCAAUGGAUUCUACCACAUUAGUUCUAGUGAAAUGGAACUCAUUGUUGUGUGAACUUUCUGAUCAGGCUACUGCUGAUCAGACCUCGGAAUUUCUCUUCCCUUUUGGUUUCGCUCCAUUUCUAAACUUCUUUGACAUCUCAAUGUAUACUUUUGUCAAUUUGUAUAUAAUGUACCAUACUGUAGUCCUAAACACUGUUUAAAAAGAAGGGGAUUUUCCCCCUUCCUUGGUACUACCAGCCCAAAUACCAGUGAUCUGAGCUUUGUAUAUAGAAUGUAACCUGGAGAAAAUGAGUCGGAAGGCAAAUGAAGACCGGCAUAGAAUGCACUUUUAAAAACUAAAUUGGUUUUCCCUAUCUGCGCUACUUAAUUUUAUGCCCCAUCUUUUUAUCACUAUCUUCAUCUGUUUCCUUUGAGGAUAUUUCUUAUGUGCAACAUUAUGCAUGAUAUACCUGUAUUUGUGUUGAGAUGGUGGUGGCAAGGAACCAAAUUAUGGCGGUGAUUGCCAAUUUAUUUAUUCAGCAAAAACUAAGUACAGUGGUACCUCGGUUUAUGAACACAAUUGGUUCCGGAAGUCUGUUCAUAAACUGAAGCGUUCAUAAACUGAAGCGAACUUUCCCAUUGAAAGUAAUGGAAAAUGAAUUAAUCUGUUCCAGAUGGGUCCGCGGUGUUCAUAAACCGAAAAUUCAUAAACCGAGGUGUUCAUAAACCGAGGUUCCACUGUAUCACAAUAGCACACAGCCUAGCACAGAGGUUUACAUGCUUAUACCAGUAGCAGGCGAACACAUUUGUGUUUCCAGCACCCAUCUUGGGGCCAACUUUCUCCACUACCCUCCUCUCCUAGUUGGAAAAUUAAGUCAGCUGUUCAUCCCAGAGUGCCCAGUCAAAGCCAUUGAGCCUUAGUGUACUUGGUUUACCCAGACCCCUGGCCAGCUACUCUGUGUGUCAAGUAAAGGGGAAUGUCUAGGUCUGAUUCUCUUGGGAAAUUUGUCUAAAAACAGAGCAGGUUGGCAAAUACUUUUCAAUAAUGCUGUAAGUAUUAUUUACUAAGGCACGCAUCCAGCUAUAGGUAGUUGCAGCUCCAGAAGGACCAAAGUCCUUUUGAAUGCUUUAAAAUCAGAACAACUCAGUAUGUAGCAGAAGCUGCCGUUUACUUAAGCCAUUGCUGUGUCAGGUCCCUGCUGUUCUCCUGCAGAAAAGUAAUUGUGUGAAGGUGGACAGGAAAUGCCUUAUAGAAACAGGAAGUCCAAGUGACUCAUGCACUGUGGAAUGUAAGAGGGGGCAAAGGGGAGCAGAGGAUAGGGUUUUAUUCUCUGUUUUCUAAAGGGCACUCUAUGAAAUGAUUUAUUGUCAAAGAAAAUAACAAAGCAAGUAGGGAAAUUGUUAAGGAAGCUUUCCAGUGAAACAUUUCCUUUAUAUUCCCUUUUGAUAUGUUUACUUUGUUGUAGAGGUUUACUUUUGUUAAGCUAAAGAUGCAUUGUAUUAAGGCCCCCUUUAAUAUGGAUAAUCCAAAACUGACCUGGAAUCCUUGUCAGCCCCCCCCCCCAAAAAAUUAAAAUGUUUAUAUUUCUAAGGUAUUUUAAGGUGCAGUAUCUUUUUCAAAAAGAGAGCGCUGUUUUGCCAAAUGGAAAAGUUCUAAUAAAAGCACGUGGUGUUUACAUUUUUAUUUUCUAGAAUCCCAUAUAAAAUGCUACAGUUUCGAAAGAUACAUUAUCCUACCCGCAACCCCUACAUCACGAAGAGACUUGCUAACAGCACCAGUAAAUAUGAUUUGUGCCACAGUUGACCAUUUUCCUAUUAAUAUAUCAUUUAAGUGUAGAAAGAUGAAUGUACACAAGAGACACACUGUCUUGAGUGACAGGUGUAUACACCAGGGGUCAGCAAACAAAUUUUUUCAGCAGGGGGCGGGUCCACUGUCCCUCAGACCUUGUGGUGGGGCUGGACUAUAUUUUUUGGGGGGAGGGGAAUGAAUGAAUUCCUAUGCCCGACAAAUAACCCAGAGAUGCAUUUUAAAUAAAAGCACACAUUCUACUCAUGUAAUAAUAAUAAUAAUAAUAAUAAUAAUAAUAAUAAUAAUAAUAAUAAUAAUAUAUUUAUACCCCACCCAUCUGGCUGGGUUUCCCCAGCCACUCUGGGCGGCUUCCAACAGAAGAAUAAAAUAAUUGAUUAAAGAUUAAAAACCUCCCUAAACAGGGAUGCCUUCAGAUGUCUUCUAAAAAUUCUCUUUGACAUCUGGUGGGAGGGCGUUCCACAGGGCGGGCACCACUACCGAGAAGGCCCUCUGCCUGGUUCCCUGCAAAUUGGCUUCUCGCAACGAGGGAACCGCCAGAAGGCCCUAGGUAAAAACACCAGGCAGGCCCCACAAAUAACCCAGAGAUGCAUUUUAAAUAAAAGGACACAUUUGACUCAUGUAAAAACACACUGAUUCCCGGACCGUCUGCGGGCUGGAUUUAGAAGGCAUUUGGGCCGGAUCCGGUCCCCGGGCCUUAGUUUGCCUACCCAUGGUAUAUACCUAUUCCACUCCCUGUGCAUUUUAUGACCGUGGUAGCUCAUUGCAUCUUCCCGUCAUGUAUACACACAGCAAAGCAGACAUGCGAGUGCUUGUCACAUGUGGUGGUGUACAUUCCUGCCCCGCCCCCACUUUCACAGAAGAAAUUCUAAAGGGGAAAAUGUGGUGCUGUGUGAAGCAAUUCUGACUGUUUCAAGAUAUUGCUUCAACACAGCAGUAGAGCUGGGCGAUAUAUUGCUAUAUCAUCCCAAACGGGUUUGAAGUUCAUAUCAGCUGCAUUUGUGACCUAGCAAUAAUAUUGCAAAUCAUGGUGCGUGUGUGUGUGCGCGCUAGGCAGAAAUCACAAUGUGGGGGGAAACCAUGAAGCCAGCCAAUGCUUCUCUUGAUUCCUGCAGCCCCUCUUAACUCUGCUGGCUCAGCUCUUUCCUGCCUCCUGCAGGGCUCAGCAAAUCACAAGAGCAGGCGAUGGCAAAAAUCACGAUGCGGGGAAAACUGUGAAGCCAGCCAAUGCCGCUACAUAGCUCCAUCCUUUUUCAGACAUCAUGAUAUAUAAGUAUAUUACAAUGUUAAACUGGUGAUAUAUCACAAUGUUGAAAAUCAGAUAUUGCCGCAGCUGUCCAGACAGGUCAUAUUCUGGGAACUGGGUGCACUUUCCCAACAUUUGUAUUCCCUGGAGUCUAGCUGAGUAGGUUGCUCAGCUGGUACUAUUUCCCUCUGAUUUUAAAAAGUACCUGUGAUAAUUAGUCUAGGAAGAAAGGCCCCUAUGGUAUAAUCCUGCUUAUAUGCACCGUAGCUCAAGCAGAAAUAUAGAAACCCACUGUUCAGACAAGCUCCUAAAUGCAUGCAGCCCAUUUUCUUGUGUGUGUGUGGUGGCAGUGCAGAAUGUCAUGCCAAUGUUUAGGAGCAAAAUGCUAAUUUCAAUAGAGGGGCAACAAAAAAUGUUUCCAUCAGCUUUAUUAGAAGAUGCAUGAACACCGACUCUCAGAUUUAAGGGCUUUAAUGUAAACAGAGAGAUCAUCUUCCUUCUUGAAGAAAAGUAAGAAAUCUGAUAUUUAGAUCCAUAAAGUAGAUCAUUUGUGAAAAUAUAUUUUCCCAUCUUGUACAUUCUUUUUCUGAUCUUAGCCCACUCAACAAUGGAUAGAACAUCUUUUAAAAUAUUUUAUUUGGGCAGAUACCUGGAUAUAAGCAAACUUUUGUACAAUAAUAUUUCAAAAAUGUGUAACUGUAAAGAUAUUUUUAUAAAGAAUUGAGGAGAGCUUCCCCAGUAUAGCCAGUGGACUUUCAUGCCACUCAUUUUUUUUUAAAAAAAAGAGAGAAGUUACCUGGAACCAGUGAAAAAGGAAAACUGGGUUUACGCAACCAUCUUUCUAAUUGCUAAUUGUCACAUUUUAAAUCUAUUGUAUUUAUUAUAAUUUACACCUUUGGUGAUCUCUUGUUUUGUGUUGUAAAUAUAUUAUGUUUGUAUGUUCCCUAUUUUGCCUUCUGAUACAAGUCUAUAUAUUCCUUUCUCAAAUAAAGUUUUUUUUCUCAAAAGAUUCCCUUUCACAUACUUGGCUUUGUGUAAACUUGAUAAUUCUAAGGCACUGCUUUCUCUUUGAUAUAGGCAAAUAUAUUUGCUUAUUAUUGUAGAAGUAACAGAUUUAGGAGCAUGCUUUUUAUUCCAUUACACAUUGACCUGUUACUUGAUCCCACUUCAGCCAUUACACAUCGUACAAAAAUGGAAGUAUCUGUGCAUGUUCAUUUUAUCCUCAUCACAUUUGUCUUGAACAUGUGGGUCAACCAUUGUAUCAUCAAAAAACUGCAAUAACGCAAGUAAAUACCAUUUUUCUGGUUAUCCAGAAUUUUGAUAGCUAACCAUUGUUACUCAAGUCCCCCCCCCCAACAAAAAACAAAAAAACCUUAAGUGACUUAUUUGCCUGUGAAAAGUUGUAGAAGUGUUAAGUGAUGCUGAUGAUUGCAGAUCUGGGGUCUUUAUAUCUAUAUAUAAAAUGACAGUGCUAAAACAUCACAGGUAAGGACCUUUCCAUUGAAGAUGGUUUCUUAAAAGCUAGUGGCCUCAGUCUGGAACAAACUGGUUACGUUUAAGUUUCAGUGAAAUCAAUGGGGCACGUGGCCCUUGAGACAUAUAUAGAGUGAUAUAAGGCCCCUGUAUUGGAGCAGCAUUCAGAACCCCUGUAAAAACUUUAUAUUCAGUCUGGAAUGGGAUGUGUUGCACUUCAUUAUCUGUGGGGAAAUGGAUUGCCUACACACUGGUCCCCACUCUUUGUUGUCUUCAGAUAUCUUUGCACGUGUGCAAUAGGUGGUGGACCGGAUAGGAAGGAACCAGAGAGCACUUCACCUUCAGUUCAAGCAAGAGUAAAAUCAGAGCAAGGGGAGCUCAGGGAAGAGGUUGCAGUGCCUUUGGAAGCCACCCAUGCCUCCUUGGGGUGAUCACCCCAUUGAAGACAAGGUGGCUUUUAAAGGUGCUUCAUGUAACUAGAAUUCUUCCAUGAUGACAUUGUUAUGGUCUGCAUAUUGUGGAAAUGCAUUGCUGGCAUGCAACUUUUAAGAAAGAGAGAUCUAAAAACAGGCAAAAUGUGCAUAACUGGCCAACUGGACAGUGCAUCUGGAUAUGAAAACCAUAUUCUGUGGGUUCCAGCCAUUUUAUAAAUGGCGCUCAUUUUUGCAGAUGCCACUACAAAUGCUGCCAUGAUUCUUGGAUCUUCAAGAUCAGGCAUCCCCAAACUUCAGCCCUCCAGAUGUUUUGGACUACAGUUCCCAUCAUCCCUGACCACUGGUCCUGUUAGCUAGGGAUCAUGGGAGUUGUAGGCCAAAACAUCUGGAGGGCCGCAGUUUGGGGAUGCCUGUUCAAGAUGCUCCCUGCCAGUAAUUAAUGUAGGCAGAGCAAUGCAGUUUCAUUAAUUGGCAACACAGUCGUGCAAUCCAGUCAUUCCCACUGAAGUCCUCACUGAAAUAAAUUCUGUCUCUUUUCAAUGCAACUAUGCUGUUCUUGCCAUCUUCAUUUCCAUCCCUGAGUAAAGGAUGGAGUUGUGUUGAAUUAAUGGCAAAGUCUCAACUGAUUUCCAUGUAAAUAAAUUUCACUCAACAUCUUCCAUUUCCAUCAUUGUCUGAAAUCUUAGCUGCAGUGAAUGAAAUCUUAGUUGACCAAUUUCUCUGCAACUAGAUGUUACACACCAUGUUCAAAAUUUGUAAUUCCAAGCUCUAUUUCCCCUGUUUUAUCUUCACUGGCAUCC